AUGAAUGCCACAGAAUACCAUGGACUGAUCCAAGGCUACCACAACAGGAGCCAAACCUCAGGCAAUUUGCCAUUUAACAAAGACUUAUCAGGAGAGGAAAAAGACUCAUCUUCUGGAUGUUAUGAGCAGCUGCUUAUUUCCACUGAGGUUUUCCUCACUCUGGGCAUCAUCAGUUUGCUGGAGAACAUCCUGGUUGUUGCUGCUAUAAUCAAAAACAAGAACCUUCAUUCACCUAUGUACUUUUUCAUCUGUAGCCUUGCAGUUGCUGACAUGCUCGUCAGUGUCUCAAAUGCCUCAGAGACUAUUGUUAUAGCACUCAUCAAUGGAGGCAGCCUGACCAUCCCUGUCACACUGAUUAAAAGCAUGGACAAUGUGUUUGACUCUAUGAUCUGUAGCUCUCUGUUGGCAUCCAUCUGCAGUUUGCUAGCGAUCGCCAUCGACCGCUAUAUCACCAUCUUCUAUGCCCUGCGAUACCACAACAUUGUCACCCUGCGUCGUGCAAUGCUGGUCAUCAGCAGCAUCUGGACGUGCUGCACCAUUUCCGGCAUCUUGUUCAUCAUUUACUCGGAAAGCACCACUGUACUCAUCUGCCUCAUCACCAUGUUCUUCACCAUGCUGGUGCUCAUGGCAUCACUCUACGUCCACAUGUUCCUGUUGGCUCGCCUGCACAUGAAGCGGAUCGCAGCCCUACCGGGCAACGCUCCCAUCCAGCAGCGUGCCAACAUGAAGGGUGCCAUCACCCUCACCAUUCUCCUUGGGGUAUUUGUGGUAUGCUGGGCGCCCUUUUUCCUCCACCUCAUCCUUAUGAUCAGCUGCCCCAGGAACCCCUACUGCACCUGCUUCAUGUCCCAUUUCAACAUGUACCUCAUCCUCAUCAUGUGCAACUCUGUCAUUGACCCCAUCAUCUAUGCUUUUCGCAGCCAAGAGAUGAGAAAAACCUUCAAAGAGAUUUUCUGCUGCUCGCAUGCUCUGCUGUAUGUGUGA